GGUAAAUCUUUUACCUACAAAAGAACGGGCCCUAAACGUCAGGAUUCGUUUGCAAUUUAGGGAAGGCGGCGUCUACGCGAUUUCUCUCACCCUUUCCUUUCUCCUCGAUUUCCUUCAGAUUGGGGUAAAGGAGGUCUCUUUUGAUCUCGAUUCCUGCUCGAAAGGAGAGUUCCUCGCUCCUUGAUUCUCUCACCCUUUCCUCUUUCAUCCUUCUGUCCGUCGUCGCUAGGAUUUGCUUCCGGAAACGAGGGUUUCUGGAUAGCGGUUCUGGAAUUCGAGAGCGCGAGGGGCAGAAAUGUACAACGCGAUGAUGGACCCUGAGAUGAUGAGGCUCGCCCAGGAGCAGAUGAGUCGGAUCCCUCCCGAAGAGCUCGCCAGGAUCCAACAACAGAUGAUGUCCAACCCGGAACUUUUGAAAUUAGCAACAGAAAGCAUGAAGAACUUGAGGCCUGAAGAUAUGAGACGUGCUGCAGAACAGCUAAAACAUGCUAGAACUGAGGAUAUGGUUAAGGUUAGUGAGAAGAUGGCUAAGGCUACGCCUGAAGAAAUUUCAGCCAUGAAGGCUCAUGCAGAUGCUCAAAUAUCGUAUGAACUCAAUGCAGCAAUGAUGCUGAAGAAACAGGGGAAUGAGCUUCAUAGCUGCGGGCAAUAUUAUGAUGCAGCUAAAAAAUACUUGCUUGCAAAAAACAACUUAAAAGGAAUUCCAUCAUCCCAGGGUGGCACUCUCCAGUUGCAAUGUUCUCUUAAUCUAAUGUCAUGUUACCUGAAAACAAGGCAGUUUGAGGACUGCAUCAAGGAAGGGUCAGAGGUUUUGGCAUAUGACUCAAAGAAUGUAAAAGCUCUAUAUCGCAGAGGUCAAGCAUUUAAGCAACUUGGAAAGUUAGACGCUGCUGUCUCUGAUUUGAAGGUGGCUUAUGCAAUUUCCCCUGAAGAUGAAACUAUAGCUGAUGUCCUAAGAGAUGCCAAUGAAAAAUUGAUGAAGGAAGGUGGAGAUAGGAAUGUGUCACAAGGUUUGGUUAUUGAAGAGAUAGUAGAAGAAGAGACUGAACCUGAGCCAUCGGACAGUCAUAGAAGUGCAUUGAACUAUUCUGUGACCCAGUCAGUUGAAGCUGGUGAGAGCUCUCAAAAAGUGAAUGGGUCUUAUCCGGGUUCCCCUGCUGAUUCUGAGUUGUUACAAAGUUUCAAGGAUGAUCCUGAAAAUGUCAGGUUAUUCCAAAGUUAUGUCUCAAAUGCCGAAAUGUCACCUGACAUUGUAAAAUCAGCCACAGAAAUGAUGAGUAGUAUGAAUCCAGAAGAGCUUCAGAAAGUGCUCCAAGUAGCUUCUUCCUUGAGUGGACAAGGCCCAGAUGGUACAAGGUUAGGUUCAAAAUUUCCAGAAAUGACACCUGAAAUGGUUAAGAUGGCAUCGGAUAGCAUUAGCAAAAUGUCUCCUGAGGAGCUUCAGAAGAUGCUAAAAGCUGCUGCUUCAUUAAACGUAAAUAGUGAACCUUUUCCAACACCAACAGGAGGUGGUCGUGCCCAAAGAUCAGAAAGUGUCUUGCAGUCCUCAGUUGCUUCAGGUAGUUCCUCUACGCAGGACAGCAGUGCAGGAAGAAAUGCAUAUAAUGAGCUUCUCAAUUCAAACAUAGGUCAACCAUCUUCUAGUAUCCCAGCUUCAACAGCUGAUUUGCAGGAAAGCAUGAGAAAUUCACUGCAAGAUCCAGCUAUGCGGCAGAUUAUCAAUUGGCAGAUGUUUACUUCUAUGAUGAAGAACAUGAGCCCAGAUAUGAUGGCAAAUAUGAGUGAACAAUUUGGGAUGAAGCUGUCAAAGGAAGAGGCAGCAAAAGCUCAACAGGCCAUGUCAUCAUUAUCACCAGAAGACUUGGACAGGAUGAUGCGUUGGGCAGAACGGGCCCAGCGAGGGUUUGAAACUAUAAAGAAGACAAAGAACUGGCUUUUAGGAAGGCCCGGCAUGAUCCUUGCGAUUGUUGUGCUUAUACUGGCUUUCAUCUUUCAUCAGCUUGGAUUUAUUGGGGGAUGAUCACCAAAAUUUUUCCAAAUCAUUGAGAAGUUGGAUAUCGUUGAAACAUCAUCUGGAUGUCAUCGUGGCAACAGACGAGGGGUGUCAAUAGGCCUGUUUCUAACAUCAUUGGUGCCCUUUCUGUCCAAAGCGUUGGGCCCCACAGACGCCCAUUUAAUAAUGUGUAACCUGAGUGGUCCUAGUCUGCCUGCAAGAAAGGUAGGUGAAUCAAGAACAAGCAAAGUAGUAUUGGAUUUUAGUAGUUCUCUGCUUUGCCCGGAUGUGUUUAUAGCAAUGAUUUGAUGUCAUUAAACGGGAGAUUAUUGCAGUGAGGAAUUAGUGGCACUGCUACAAAAUCUAUACUGUUAAUCUAGGACCUCUUUGGCAUUGUUGCUGGCUUCCCUGUCUUAAAAAACGGAGUACAAGUAAUCAAUGCUUUGUUUCCAAUUGUCCAAAUGGGUUUUAUUAGAAGGAAAAUUUAA